GUGCGUCGCGUCGUCGGUCGCGUCCAGGGAGAGACAGCAGAGUGGAGUGUAAUUGAAUUGAAUCAGCGUGUAACACCGCCCCUUUACGCGGAUCAGCUUCUUCCGUGCCGCACACAGAACCGCCCUGGACCGGGGCAACUAACAGAGGGAGGCGAUGAAAGAGUGAUUGAGAUAGAACGGAGAAAGAGAGGGAGGGAAAGAGACGCUUCCAUACUUCAGAGAUCGGAUUUUGUUAAGGGAAAACCGGUGUCAUUUCUAAGAAACUCCAGGCACACAGACGGACUUUGGAGGACACAUUUGGGACUAAAAACAUCCAAACAGACUUUGUACAUUGAAUGCGUGACAAUGACGGCAGCUGUCGAUAUUAAGCCGUUAACUAUAAUAAAAUCUGAAAAAGUAGACGAUCUGGAGUGUGCGGAUGUUCCCUUAUUGACUCCAGGAAGUAAAGAAAUGAUGUCACAGGCUCUUUUGGCCACAUUCAGCGGCUUCACAAGGGAGCAACAGCGGCUCUCCAUCCCGAAAGACCCCCGUCAGUGGACAGAGGCCCAUGUUAGAGAAUGGUUGACCUGGACAGUAAAUGAGUUCAGUCUGAAGAAUGUGGACUUUCAUAAGUUCAGCAUGGACGGGGCCAAUCUCUGCGCACUGGGCAAAGAGCGAUUCCUGGAUCUGGCACCAGACUUUGUGGGCGACAUCCUCUGGGAGCAUUUAGAGAUGCUGCAGAAAGGUAGACAUCCUCACAGCCUCAUGGAAGACACCGAUCAUCAACCACUGUCAUUUUUGUCUGUGUUUGGUCCAACAGAUCUGGAGUGUGCGGAUGUUCCCUUAUUGACUCCAGGAAGUAAAGAAAUGAUGUCACAGGCUCUUUUGGCCACAUUCAGCGGCUUCACAAGGGAGCAACAGCGGCUCUCCAUCCCGAAAGACCCCCGUCAGUGGACAGAGGCCCAUGUUAGAGAAUGGUUGACCUGGACAGUAAAUGAGUUCAGUCUGAAGAAUGUGGACUUUCAUAAGUUCAGCAUGGACGGGGCCAAUCUCUGCGCACUGGGCAAAGAGCGAUUCCUGGAUCUGGCACCAGACUUUGUGGGCGACAUCCUCUGGGAGCAUUUAGAGAUGCUGCAGAAAGAAGACCUGAAGCAUUUCCCUGUCAAUGGCCUGACCUCCAGUUUCCAGGAAUCCCGCUACCCCUCCGACUACUUCUUCAACUAUGGCAUUGAACAUCCUCAGUGUGUUCCUCCGUCAGAAUACUCCGAGCCGAGCUUCAUCACCGAGUCCUACCAGACCCUCCAUCCGAUCAGCUCAGAAGACCUGCUGUCACUCAAAUACGAGAGCGAGUAUCCCAACGUGAUACUGCGAGACACACCUCUCAAUCCACUGCAGGGAGACUACUUCUCAGUCAAACAAGAAGUUGUGUCACCCGACAACAUGUGUGUGGGACGCAUUAGCAGAGGUAAGCUGGGAGGUCAAGAUUCGUUUGAGAGCAUUGACAGUUUCGAGAGCUGCGACAGACUGACGCAGUCCUGGAGUAGUCAGUCGUCAUUCAACAGCCUACAGAGAGUUCCCUCCUACGACAGCUUCGACUCGGAGGACUAUCCCACCGCACUGCACGGACACAAACCAAAGGGUACCUUCAAAGACUACGUACGAGAGCGCUCGGAACUCAGCAAGGACAAACCGGUCAUCCCGGCGGCUGCGCUCGCUGGCUACACAGGUGGCGCGCGCUGUUCUUCACACAUCAACCACACGGUGGCGCGCAGAUGGGGCAAGAGGAAAAACAAGCCCAAGAUGAACUACGAGAAGUUGAGUCGCGGUUUGCGCUACUACUACGACAAAAACAUCAUCCACAAGACGUCCGGCAAGCGCUACGUCUACCGCUUUGUGUGUGACUUGAAAAGCCUGCUGGGAUACACUCCCGAAGAGCUGCACACCAUGCUAGACGUGAAGCCCGACACGGAUGAGUAAACUUCGGACUUUGGAAAUAAUACAA